AUGACCAUCCCCUCCACCACCCGCCAAUGGAUCCUCAACUCCAAACCCACCAGCACCCCCAUCCUCUUCUCCCCAUCCCACCCUGAACCAACCUUCAUCCCCCAAUCGAACCCCCUCCCCCCUCUCACCCCCACCACCGCCCUCCUUCAAACCCUCUACAUCUCCAACGACCCCGCCCAACGCGGCCAAAUGUCCGCCCUAGUCGACCCAGCCCGUCUCUACGUGCCCCCCAUGACCCUCCACGCGCCAGUCCGCGCCUACACCAUCUCCCGGGUGCUCGAGUCCGGGAAUCCCGCCCUUCUGGCUCCGGGGACUAUUGUCCUCGCUACGACCUCUUGGAGCGAGUACGCUAUUGUCGAGAUCAACGACGUGGAGGUCCUGGAUCCGGAGAGGACACCGGGGGUGGGAAUCAGUCAUUAUAUGGGGAGUUUUGGUCUCCCCGGCUUGACGGCGCUGUAUGCGUUGCGGGAGGUGGUCAAGUUGAAGAAGGGGGAGAGGGUGGUGGUUAGUGGUGCGGCGGGAGCGGUGGGGGGGAUGGUGGUGCAGAUUGCGAAGAAGGUGAUGGGGGCUGAUGAGGUGAUUGGUAUUGCGGGGACAGAUGAAAAGUGUCGUUGGGUUGAGGGGUUGGGGGCGGAUGUGUGUUUGAAUUAUAAGAAGGAGGGGUUUGAGGAGGAACUGUGGAAGGCGACGGAGGGGUUUGUGGAUGUUUACUUUGACAAUGUGGGUGGCCAUAUCCUCGAUCUGAUGCUCUUGCGAGUCAAGCGACAUGGCAGGAUCGCUGCGUCCGGCACAAUCGCCAACUACAACCGCGAUGAAGAUCGUAUUGCUUUGAAGAACUUCUACGAAGUUGUCACCAACCGCCUCUCUGUGCUCGGGUUCAUCAUCUUUGACUACAGAGAUCACUUUCCCGACGCCCGGGCAGAGCUCAUCCAGGCCUGGAAGGACGGUAAGCUGGUGGUUGAUGAUGCGACGGAGACUGUGGUCGAGGCGAAGUUUGAAGAUAUUCCAGGGGUGUGGAUGAAGCUGUUUGAUGGGUCGAACACUGGCAAGUUGACGACGAAACUGGCCGAGUAAUUUGUAUGGUCAGCACUCAGCAGAGACUGCCCAAAUUUUGGAGAAUCCCAGCGCAUACGGUGACUAUAUCGGGGAUUGCAAUGGACUGCAAGGGGGUUUCCCUACGGAGAACACAUCUGUAGGAGGUCCACAGCAUUCCAAAUGCAAUAUCCGGUCUUCACACAUAGCAGAUGGCAGCCAUAAGAGAGCUCUCAUCUCUACAGUUCUCUCAAUCCUACCAACCCAG